UUUUAGGUUGACAAGAAAAAUAUAAUUUUUUUUUCGGAUUGCUUGGGAAUGGCAAUACAAAAUAAGCGUGUAAACAACUUUUAUUAAUAAUUCAUGUGUCUGUAUUUCUUUAAUAAUAUUUGAAAUUUUACAUAUAAGUAUAAAAAAGAAUCCGUUUAGAAAUUCUGUAGAUACUUUAAUAACAAAUAGGAGCAAUUGAUACCGGUUAGGUUAAUACUAAUUCUUUAUAAUGGAAGUGAGUGAAAAUGAUCAAGAUGAUUGUAUGGAAAUUGAUGAUUCUAUCCCAGAAACCUCUAUUAUCGAACGUAAAUCAGAUCAAUUUGAUUCAUCAAAUGAGGGAGACACCAGUACCAUGGAAAAGGAAAAAAGUGAUUCUAAUGAAAAAAUGGAAGAAUCUAGUGAAGACAAAACAAAUGCUGAUGUAAAUACAGAUUUAACCACGGUUACGACUGAGCAACCUGCAGAUAAGCCGACAGAAACUGUAGAUAAGCCAUCAGAAAGCGCAGAUAAGUCGGCAGAAAAUACAGAUAAGCCAGCAGAAAUCGCAGAUAAGUCUGCAGAAAAUGUAGAGAAGUCGGCAGAACAUACAGAUAAGCCAGCAGAAACCACAGAUAAGUCGGCAGAAAAUAGAGAUAAGCCAUCAGAAAGCGCAGAUAAGUCUGCAGAAAAUACAGAUAAGCCAGCAGAAAGCGCAGAUAACUCUGCAGAAAAUGUAGAUAAGUCGGCAGAAAAUACAGAUAAGCCAGCAGAAAGCGCAGAUACGUCAGUAGAAAAUACAGAUAAGCCUGCAGAGAAUACAGAUAAGCCUGCAGAGAAUACAGAUAAGCCAGCAGAAAAUGCAGAUAAGUCAGCAGAAAAGACAGAUAAGCCCAACACAUCAGAAAAUCAAAAACAAGCACCUAGACCACCUCCUAGAGAUGAUGGUGAGAUUGUUAUAUUAGAUGAUGAUGAUGAUGAUGAUAUGCAGCAAGAUACCAAUAACGUUAUUGCCAUUGAUGAUAUCAUCGACCUGGUCGAUAAACCUAUCAAUCUCCGCUGUAUCAACAACAACUGUGACGGAUCACACGCUGAUUUUAUACUUGCUCCUGAUUUUUGUCUUUCAUAUUACAGAGUAAAGCGUUCGAAAAGUAAAAAGGAGGAACUUUGUUUGGGUUGCUAUGAUAAAGCCGUAAGUAAUUUCGAUGAACUUACGACUAACUUGAAAGAAAGCAAAUUGAUAUUAAAGUGUAGUUAUCCUGUAAUGAAUGAAACACUGCAAAUUAGUGAUAGCGAUGAAGAAGAGGAGGAGGAAAAAGAAAAUGUGAACUGGAAUCAAAAGAAUGUCAAAUUUAUACGUACUCACUUCUUUGAUGUUAUCAACAAAACAGUGGGGAAGCUGAACGGUGAAGAGAUAAUAAAUAUGGAAACAGCAUAUGUAAAAUUCGAGAGUAAUCAGUUAGAAGUUAAUCAGAAGGAAGUGUCACGGAAAGCUUCCGAACUGAGAAAGUUUUUUGAUAAAAUCCAACUAAAUUUGUACAACCAGUUCAGACCGGAAUUAAGUCCUCUAAAAGCUCUUUCAAUAACUGAUGACUUCAACAUCUCUUCCUCCUUACUAGUAAGAACAGAACAAAGCAUGGAGAUGAGUCCUAGAAAAAGUUCCAGAUCCCACAAACCUGUUUCCUAUGUUGAACUGGAUGAUCCUGGCAAUUCCAAUAGUCCUAAAGUGACUAUGUCUCCAGAGGUGGAGAUGCCCAAGGAUUUGCCACCUGUGGGUCCGGUUGUUGAGAUCGAACCAAAAAUUGGUGAGAUUUACUACAUUGUCCGAGAAAACUUCCAAACCAGUUGGAUCAGAGCUCGCCUACAAACGAAAAUACCUGCAGGUGUCCCUCACAAUGGCAAAGUAUACCCGACCACGCUUUACAAGUUAGUCGAACUUAAGCAACAGAAAGAACGACUUAUCAAUGGCAAGUAUAUAGCACAACUCCAUCACAGCAGAGAACGCUUGUUGAUAGUCGGUACGCGAGUCAUCUCAGUUUUUAGAGAGAGCUCGACAGAUGAGAUGAAGAAGUCCAGAACUGAUCCGUACUAUGCUGGAAUUGUGGCGGAACAACCCUUUGAAGGAAAUAAAUAUCGGUAUUUAAUAUUCUUCGAUAUAGGAUAUUCCCAGUAUGUUAGCUUUCUCAACGUAAAUCGAGUUAUCGAAACAAGCCCGAACGUGUGGGACGACGUAGAUGAAGGAUGCAGAGUUUUCAUCAAGAAAUAUUUAGAAAGCCAAGACAGGCCUAUGGUUAAGCUGAUCAAAGAUCAAACUAUAAAAGUUGAAUACAAUGGGAAAUGGCUGAUUUGUCGAGUGAUUGAUGUGGAUUGUUCGCUAGCACAAGUGUCAUUUGAAACGAUAAAGAGAACCGAAUGGAUAUACAGAGGAUCUACCAGAUUGAGCCCUAUGUUUAUGGAAGAACAAGCAGCGACCAGUAGGCAUACAGGCGUACGGAUUACAAGAAAGUUAGGACCGAAUGAAUCUGCUACCGUUGUGCAAUACACGAGAAAGGAUGAAAACAACAGUUCUGUGCAACCCACUACCGAAAACAGUGUCGAAGCUCCGCCACCGAUAAGAGCCGUAGCAAGGAAAAGUACCACCAGACCACAAAACACCACUGCGACUGCAAAACCAUUCCUUCCCGAGGAUGUCAGAAACACGAACAACACUAAUGGGCCAACCAGUAAGAUAAUGUACUUCACCCCUCGGGACCAAGUAAUCAUAAAAAGAAAGUAUAAAUUGCACACGUGUUCCCACAAGUGCAGAGAGCUACAAACUUAUGACUCUACUAAACUUCGCGGCCACAAUCCUCUAUCGAAACCACUCUUAUGCGGCUGGGGUCGACUGACAGUUAAAAGUAGAGGCCGAAGAGAGAUCAUAUACAAAUCUCCAUGUGCUAGACUGCUGCGAAACAUUGCCGAAGUGCAUACUUACCUACGAGUCACCAGGAGCGAGUUGACCAUUGAUUUGUUCGACUUCCAUCACAACGUAAGAUGCCUGGCUGAGUUUAAUGUGGAUUGUCCGCCUGAUCCCGCAGAUCUUUCCAAGGGAAUGGAACAAACUCCUAUUCCGGUUGUGAAUGGAAUCAAUAGAGAAAUGUUAGACUUUUGUAAUUAUUCAAUUAAACGAGUUCCUAUGGAAGGCGUUGAUAUGAAUCUCGAUCCAGACUAUCUGUGCGGCUGUGAUUGCGAUGACGAUUGCAUUGAUAAGACGAAGUGCGCUUGCUGGAAGCUCACUUUAGAGGGAGCAAAGUAUACCGGAAAAGAUGUAAAUCCUACAUCGGUCGGAUAUAUUUAUCGAAGGUUGCCCGAACAAGUUAUUACAGGAAUAUAUGAAUGUAACUCCAGGUGCAAAUGUUCAUCGACGUGUCUAAACAGAGUGGUGCAGAACCCUAUGAGUUUGAAACUUCAAGUAUUUAGAACUCACAAUCGCGGUUGGGGUAUCAGGUGUCUCAAUGACGUUCCUCCAGGCAGCUUUAUCUGUAUUUAUGCUGGUACAAUACACACUGAAGCUAUGGCGAAUGUGGAUGGUGUGGCGUUCGGAGAUGAAUACUUUGCAGAAUUGGAUUAUAUCGAAACCGUUGAAAAAUAUAAAGAAGAUUACGAAGCGGAAGUCAUGGAGGAGGAGGAAGAACAAAAUAAGAAUAAACGUCGAAAGGAACCCGAAGAGGAAGAGGAAGAAGAAGAGGAAUCCGUAGCGGUGAUCUCUAACAGCAAAUACAAAAGGUACAAUUAUGCUGCAGAUAACGAUUUUACACCUAGUCAUCCCGACAGGAUUGUUGCGGGAGAUGCACCAAUUAGAACGCGUCUAAGAAAGAGAAACAAAGAUGACGCUAAAGAUGAAGAGAACGAAGUGAAAGGCAAAAAAGAAGACUCAAGGAAUGAAAUGAUGAAAAUAAAACAAGAAAUAUCAAAUAAAAAUAAUUCAGAGUCUAAUCAAUCAAUGAAGGCAUUAAUCGAAGGACUGUCUGAUAAUAUCGAAACUGUUACCAUAAGCGACGAAGAAGAUGAGGGAAGAGAAGUAUUAAGUUUUAAUCCACAAGCGAGUAACUUGGACGACAAAGCACCCAAUUACACCUCUGUCCGAGAUCUCUACGGAAAAGACGAAUCUGUUUAUGUGAUGGAUGCAAAAAACGCUGGAAACAUUGGAAGAUUUUUGAAUCAUUCCUGUUCGCCAAACGUGUUCGUCCAGAACGUUUUCGUUGAUACUCAUGAUCCCCGUUUCCCGUGGGUAUCAUUCUUUUCGUUGCACCAUAUCAGAGCAGGAACAGAACUGACGUGGAAUUACAAUUAUGACAUUGGCAGCGUUCCCGGUAAAAUGUUGACCUGUCAUUGUGCCUCAGGAGAAUGUAAAGGGCGUUUAUUGUAAUCUGACAGAAUUUGUACUGUUCUGCAGGCAAUGGAGAUGUAUUAUUUCAUACAUUACGUAAUUAUUUAUACCGUUUAUAAUAGUGUGCUGUAUUUUAUUAAUUUCGUGUAUCAAAAUUCAAUAUUUCGUUCAUUGAUUUUGUCUUUCAUUGUGCAAGUAUUAGAAUAAUAUAUAAUUCACUAGAUAAAUAAAGAUUUUGAUAAGAAA